GCUGGGCGCUUGCUAUUGACGUCAUCCUUGUGGCCGACUAGAGCACCUUUCCUGUAGAGCGUUUGCAGUGUGCUUCCUAAGGUGGUCUGUUAUGGCGGAAGCAAAGGUCAAGGCGGAGGUCCCAGAGCCGCUGGAGAUCGAGAACAGGAUCAUUGAGCUGUGCCAUCAGUUUCCUCAUGGUAUCACAGACCAGGUGAUUCAGAAUGACAUGCCUCACAUGGAGGCUCAGCAGCGGGCCAUGGCCAUUAACAGGCUGCUCUCCAUGGGACAACUGGAUCUUCUGAGGAGCAGCACUGGCCUCCUCUAUAGAAUCAAGGAAUCACAAAAUGCUGGUAAAAUGAAGGGAUCUGACAAUCAAGAAAAAUUGGUCUAUCAAAUUAUAGAGGAUGCAGGCAACAAAGGUAUUUGGAGCAGGGACAUUAGGUAUAAAAGUAACCUUCCCUUAACUGAAAUCAACAAGAUUCUGAAGAACUUGGAAAGCAAGAAACUCAUUAAAGCUGUAAAGUCUGUAGCGGCUUCCAAGAAGAAAGUAUAUAUGUUAUAUAAUCUGCAGCCUGAUCGUUCUGUGACAGGAGGAGCUUGGUAUAGUGAUCAAGACUUUGAAUCUGAGUUUGUAGAGGUGCUAAAUCAACAGUGUUUUAAGUUCCUGCAAACUAAGGCUGAAGCAGCUCGAGAAAGCAAGCAGAACCCUAUGAUACAGAGAAACAGCUCAUUUGCAUCCUCUCAUGAAGUGUGGAAAUACAUCAGUGAGUUAGGCAUCAGUAAGGUGGAAUUGUCAAUGGAAGAUAUUGAAACCAUUCUAAACACAUUAAUAUAUGAUGGAAAGGUGGAAAUGACUAUCAUUGCUGCAAAAGAAGGAACAGUUGGCAGUGUUGAUGGGCAUAUGAAACUAUACAGAGCAGUCAACCCAAUCAUACAGCCUACUGGUUUAGUUCGGACACCUUGUGGGCUCUGUCCAGUUUUCGAUGACUGCCAUGAAGGCGGUGAGAUAGCUCCCUCAAACUGUAUUUAUAUGAUGGAAUGGCUAGAAUUUUAACAGCAAAAUAAUAACCAUCAACUAGUUUCCUGCAACCUAAGUUUGAUGAAUCAGUUGUUGAAGAGUGGACCCUUUUCUUCUUGGGAAGAAGUACCCUGGGCAUGGAGUCAAGUAUUUUUGAAAAUGCUGAUUCUCCUUCCAAGGAGCGCUACUGAGGCUUGAGGGCUGUGUGCCACAGGAUUGAGAUUCUGAAACUGUUUCCAUGUUUGUUUUCUGUACAAGAGAUAUACAGGCAUAAAUAAAAAGUAAACAACAACAAGAAAAAAGACCUCUCAAAAAGCUCUGUAUAGCCUUCAGGGAGUCAGAGUCAUAACUAGGAGACAGAGCAAGUUUCUUAUUGCACAAAAUAAAAUAAUACUGACUGGCA